CUGGCACCUGAAGCUGCAUCUAUGGUUGUGCCCCGGGGACCGCCAUUUUGGUGCGCGCUUUGUUAUGGUUUAGUGAAGAGCAGGAAGCGGGCACCGGAGUAGGGGAAUUAAAACGGAGUCAGGUUGCAUUGAAGUCGUCCUCGUUUUGAUUGUACGGCUUCCACCAGUUACUGCUUCCCAACUGAGGUGCCAUGUUGAAAGAGGGCUGCUGACGUUUUCUUCCCCAGCACUGCAGGAAUUCAUAUUCUGGAAGUGUAUUUAUCAUCUGUCCUCCUCUGUGAUUUACACUCAGUAUUUUGGACUUCGCACUACAUUACUGAUGUUGAAUUUAAGACAAGAAGAUUUUUUUAAGUCCUGCUGUUUUUUGCUUCAAAAAGUGUUUAUAGUGACCGCAGCAAAAUAUUGUUAGCUGCCUAGUAUACAAAAUAGGUGUAGUCAAGAUUUUAGAUUCUCUUUGCUCUUUUUUGUCAUCUCUUUGUAGUCUUUUGCCUGAUUAAUGAAGGCACCAAAUGGCAGCAUUGUAGGUUUGGCAAGACAAGCCUGGGCUUCUAGUGGACUGUUGUUUGAAGGCCCUGGUUAUAUAUAUAACUAAGAAAAACUAAAUGGGCAAACUGGUAUGACCCACAACCAUUCCACAUUAAUUGAAACAGAAGACUCUUUAAUGAGUUGAACAUCAUACUUAGGAUUUUUUUCUGCUCUUGCAUUGACUCCUUAUUUUAUCCCAUGUGAACAGUCUGUUUCACACUUAUUUUUUCCCCCUGUGUUGCUGAAACAAUCUGAAAGGAUGAGCACUUAAAAAAAUAAAAAGUUUGAAAAUAGAAGCUGGCAUGUAGUAAUAGGGUAUUAACCCUACCAGCCUUUUGGAGGGGCCCUUUAUACCCCCUCUAGCCAAGGAAUAAGAAACAUAUCUGGGAACUAUUGCCUUUAAAUAACAAAACUGGAAGGAUUGGCCUGCAGUUCUCAAGGUGAGGGCAUCGUGAUACACUGGCACCAUGGAUUUUUUUCCUCUUACCUCUCUUUGGAUGUAGCAGGCAAAGGGCCUAAGCAGACCAACCCUUGGCCAUGAGGUUUAAUGCCUCAAUUCACUGACAGAAGACUCAGGACCUAAAUGGCGCAGCAUGACUUUGUUCCUGCGUGGCUUAACUUCUCCACACCACAGUCCACCAAGACCUCUACAGGCGUUGUUGAAAAGCAUGGUGAGCACCAUCCCAGAGGUGAGGGCCGUUUGGGAGUGAGUCGCAGGAGACAUAACUCUUCUGAUGGAUUUUUCAACAAUGGACCCCUCAGAACUACAGGAGAUUCCUGGCACCAGCCUUCUCUCCUGCGCCAUGACUCUGUGGAUUCUGGCGUUUCUAAAGGCACUAACCUUGGAGCACAGCCUGGUUGGCAUGGAGUGUCACGUGGGCAAGAUAGUGCCAUGCAGAGAGGAGGAGGAAAUGGAACUAAUGGGGCAGGAAAUCCAGGCCACCGGCAUCGUAAUGGCAGCGCCCUAUCUCGUAAAAACCCAUCCAUGCAGGAAAAGCAGCCGCCCGAGGCCAGAGAGGAAAAGAACGCGGAAAGAAAGAAGCUGCAGUUUGAAGAGGAAGAUUUUCCAUCUUUAAAUCCCGAGACUGGCAAGCAGGUUAUCCAGAGCAAACAGACUGGGGCGCCUACAGGAGUUUGGGAAAAUCCUCCCAGUGCCAAGCAGCCUCUUAAGAUGCUGGUCAUCAAAAAAAUCUCAAAGGAGGAUCCAUCAGCCUUUUCAGCUGCAUUUGCAACUCCAGUAUCCCAUAUUUCUAACGGCUCAAACAAGACCAACUCAUCUGGACCGAUUGUUUACAAAAAUCUGGUCCCUAAACCAGCAGCUUCUUCAAUAAAGUCUGGCCCCUGGAAGUCCAAUGGCCGUGAAUCCAAAUCUGGCUCGUUUUUUUCCAACCGAGAUUCUGCCUUCACCAGCCCAGUAUUGGCCACCAAACCAGUAGUGCAGGCUCCAGCACCUCUCUUUUCUUCCCCCAAAGAGGGCACAGCCAGUGUAACACCACCCUUAGAGCUUGGCGUUUCACGACUUACUAGAAUGACUCGGCGCACCCCUGACAGAAAGAGUGAGUUUCUCAAAGCGCUGAAGGAUGAACAAGAUGUGGAUCUAUCUGAGGACAGAGAUGGUGAUAAACUAGAAGAUGUGCAGAUGCAGAGCCCUUCAGAACUGAAUGACAUUGAGGGAGAGCAGAUUGAAGAAGGCUGUCAUCACAAUGGCAUCUCUGGUUCUCAGGAAGAAAGCCGUGAGAGGCUGUCAUACUCACUGGAAGCUGAGCACAGAUUAUUAAAAGAGAUGGGAUGGGAAGAAAAUGAUGAAGAUUGUUUGCCACUAACUGAGGAAGAGUUACAGGAGUUUCAGAUAAAAUCUCAGCAGCUAAAAAGAAACAGCAUGGGACAAAAUGGCUUUUUGAGACAACCCAGAAGAUGCGCUCUGCUCUUUGCUUGGCGUGCCCCUCUAACUCCUGACCCUAGUGAAUGCUCAGACACCGAUACGAGCAGUACAGACACUUCAGAUGAUGAAUCCUGAUUCUAUAAUGAAAGAAGCAUCAAAAUAUCCCCUCUCCUAUCCCAAACUACUCUGUUCACAGCAUAAAUGUUGCCUGCUUGGUCAAGAUGGAAAGAAACAGAAAUGUGUUUUCCUUUUUAAACCCUUUUUGCUGCAAGAGUGUCCUGCCUUGCUUCCAGAGUAGGUGUUGCAUAUUUUGUGAAGAACAAGAGCAAUUUCACUGCUUUUUUUUCUUUUUUUUUUCUUUCUUUUUUUGGUCCUCUCUCUUCCUCUUUUGUUGUCCUCUUUCUGUGCUUUCUAGAGACAAAAACUGGUUUUGUACAAGUUGCUGAGGCAAAGGAGAGGUUUUUGUUUUUUUACAGCAUCUAUACAGCUCUGACAUAUAUACAUCUUUAAAGUGAGCAGAAAAGCUUCUAACCCAGCGGUUCAAAUGAGAAAAGCAAAAAUUUAACCCACUAAAUCACUGUCUGGGAAACGAUAACUCUUCAACUCUAAUUGGGAUUGAUUCAUUCUUAUAUCUUUGCUAUCUAGAUAUUAUGCAGCUACAGUUGUCAGGCACUUUGCCUCUUUAUCCAAGAACCUGGCUUGUUCAUUAUUUUUUUAAAGGGGAAUAAUUUGCAAUUGUAAAAUAUUCAGAGAGGAUUUUUUUCGUGUGUGUACCUUUCACAGCCUUGACAUUCAGGGUGGAUUGUAAAAUAAAACAAGAUUUGGGUAAAAAUUACCAUUCUUGGGGAAGAUUUCAGAAGAUUAUUUUGAUAACAUUAUUUACAGAUUAAAGAAAACUGGUUAUCUGUAUGUGAGGGCAAUGUCACCACAGCAGCUAAUAACUUGGAAUAAAUAUUUUGCAUCAGUUUGCCAA